AUGGUGCCUGCCAGGGCACUGGGGCUGCUCCUCUGCGUGCAGCUCUGCGGGGGCAGCGGGGAGCUGCGGCUGGUGGAUGGCGGCGGGCGCUGUGCCGGCCGGGUGGAGGUGAAGCACGAGGGCGAGUGGGGCUCCGUCUGCAGCUACGACUUCGACUGGGACCACCGGGGCGCUGGCAUAGUGUGCCGUCAGCUGGGCUGUGGCGCAGUGGCCCGGGCAUCCCCGUAUGCCCCGUUUGGGCAGGGCAGGGGACGCAUCUGGCUGCACCCCUUCUUCUGCAACGGUACUGAAACAAACCUUCAUGACUGCUUCCACUUUGGCUGGGGCCAGCCAUUCUGUGACCACGAGUGGGACGUGGGCGUGACCUGCACAGAGGCGGUGGAGCUGCGGCUGGCGGCUGGCAGGGGACCCUGUGAGGGGAGAGUGGAGGUGAAGCUGCGGGGACGCUGGGGCAUGGUAUCAGACAACGAUUGGGACAUGGAGGACGCCGAGGUGGUGUGCCAGCAGAUGGGCUGCGGCUCGGCUCUUGGUGCCUACCACAGCUCCCGCUUUGGCCAAGCUGAUGGUCCUCUCAGCUUAGCCUUUAUCAACUGUAAGGGGGAUGAGAAGACCCUCUGGGACUGUCAUAUUCUGGGCUGGGGACCCUACAACGGCCCUCAUGUCUAUGACACUGCUGUGGUCUGCCAAGGGUUCUCCCGUCUGGCUGGAGGGGACGGCGCCUGCUCGGGGCGGCUGGAGGUGCGGCAGGGCCGGGCCUGGGCCACCGUCUGCCACGGCCACGUGGACCUCAAGGCCGCCCAGGUGGUCUGCAGGGAGCUGGGCUGCGGCACGGCAGUGGCCGUCCCCGGUGCCGGCCAUUUUGGGGCAGCAACGGGGCCGCUCUGGGACAGCGCCUUUGAGUGCAACGGCAGCGAGCCACUCCUCGCCAACUGCGCCCGGAGGCCAACCCACGGCCAGUCCUGUGCUGGCCCCGCUUCUAUCGUCUGCUCACCCUACACCGGUUUCCGUUUGGCGGAUGGCGGCUCGGGCUGCGCCGGGCGGGUGGAGGUGGAGGCGCAGGGGACAUGGGGACCCCUGUGUGCCACCGCCUGGGACCUGCCCGAUGCCCAUGUCCUGUGCCGCUACCUGGGCUGCGGCCCUGCCGCCUCCCUGCCCCCAGGAGGCCAUUUCGGGACGGGCACGGCGACGGGGCCGCUGCGGCGCGAUGCCCUGAGCUGCAGCGGGAGCGAGCGGCACCCGGGCGAGUGCCCCGUGGCGGUGCUGGGGGAGCCCGCCUGCCCCCCUGGCCAUGCCGCCGCUGUCAACUGCUCAGGCGCCACUGAGCCCCUGCGGCUGCUGGACGGGGAGAGCCGGUGCGACGGGCGGCUGGAGGUGGCCACUAGCCCCGGGGACUGGGCCCGUGUGACUGCGGGGCCGUGGGAUGACCGAGCUGCCUCCGUGGCUUGCCGGCAGCUGGGCUGCGGUGUGCCAGAGAAGGUCUACGCUGUGCCGGCCGCCAGCUUGGGCCCUGUGGAGCUGCAGGAGCUGCGGUGUGCUGGCACCGAGGAGCGCCUGGCGCAGUGCAACGCCUCGGGGCCUGCCGCAGCGCCCAGCCACAGCCCCACAGAGGCGGCCGUUGCCUGCUCAGGUGAGUGCGCCGGGAAGGGCCGCGGGUGCCCAGCGGGUGCCCCCAGCCCCAUCCUGGCCCUCCCGUGCAGGGAGCCGGCGGCUGAGGCUGGCGGGCGGCCCCAGGCGCUGCGCCGGCAGGGUGGAGGUGUACACCGAGGGCGCCUGGGGCACCGUCUGCCAGGACGCCUGGGACCUGCCAGAUGCCGACGUCGUGUGCCGCCAGCUGGGGUGCGGACGGGCCCUGGAGGCGCCCGGCUCUGA